GUCCUCCUCACACCGCCCACGUGAAACAAACCCUCCCCCCUUUUCUCAACUCUCCUCCCCAGUAUCCCUGGGCUCACAGUGCUGUGUACAUGAUCUGAGAGUGCAAAAUUAAUCCCCGCUACUACACCGACUUCUGAAUUCUCCCUCUCCUGGCGGAACGCAACAGAGCACAGCAACCGCUACCCCGCUUUCGCUUUGGACAUGGUCCCGGGGAUCCGGAGAUGAGGCUCCGAAAUGGCACCUUCCUGACUGUCUUCUUGUUCUGUCUUUGCGGCUUCAUCUCGAUUUCCUGGUACACUGCAUACAGCAACCCAAAAGGUGAUGUGGUGGAUAUCUACCAGCGGGAGUUCUUGGCACUGAGGGACCGGCUCCACGCUGCGGAGCAGGAGAACCUGAAGCGAUCCAAGGAGCUCAACCUGGUCCUGGAUGAGAUCAAAAGGGCCAUUGCUGAGAAGCAGGCACUGAGGGACAUCAACCACACCUGGAGCAGCCUGUCAGAUGAAACCAAGCUGAAGCUGUGGAACGUCACCAAUAAGAAUGUGCUUCAGCUGCCUACCAUCUUCCACCACCUCCCCCACCUGCUGGCAAAGGAGAACAGCCUGCAGCCAGCCGUGCAUGUGGGCCAGGGGAGGACAGGAGUGUCGAUAGUGAUGGGAAUCCCCAGUGUGAAGAGAGAGGUCCACUCCUACCUGACAGACACCCUUAACUCACUGAUGUCGGAGCUCACUGUCGCCGAGAAGGAGGACUGUGUCAUUGUGGUGUUUAUUGCUGAGACAGAUCAGCAAUAUGCAAACAGUGUGGCAGACAACCUGAAACACUUGUUCCCUGUUGAGAUCCAGUCUGGCCUCCUGGAGGUCAUCUCCCCCUCUGUGAACUUCUACCCUGACUUCUCUCGACUGAAGGAGUCGUUCGGAGACCCCAAGGAGAGAGUCAGGUGGAGGACGAAACAGAAUCUUGACUACUGUUUUCUAAUGAUGUAUGCCCAGUCCAAGGGGACAUACUAUGUGCAGCUGGAAGAUGACAUUGUGGCUCGGCCCAACUACUUCACCACCAUGAAAAACUUUGCGCUGCAGCAGCCCUCCGAGGAGUGGAUGAUCCUGGAGUUCUCCCAGCUCGGCUUCAUAGGGAAAAUGUUCAAGUCCCUCGACUUGUCUCUCAUAGUGGAGUUCAUGCUGAUGUUCUACAAGGACAAACCCAUUGACUGGCUGCUGGACCACAUCCUGUGGGUCAAAGUGUGCAACCCAGAGAAGGAUGCAAAACACUGCGACAGGCAGAAGGCAAACCUUCGGAUCCGGUUCAAGCCGUCCCUGUUCCAGCAUGUGGGGACACACUCCUCCCUCGCCGGCAAGAUCCAGAAGCUGAAGGACAAGGACUUUGGGAAGCAGACUCUCCACAAGGGCCACGCCAACCCUGCAGCUGAGGUGACCACCAGCCUUAAGACCUACCAGCACUUCACCCUGGAGAAGGCUUACCUGGGGGAGGACUUCUUCUGGGCCUUCACUCCCGUGGCAGGCGACUUCAUCCGCAUCCGCUUCUUCCAGCCUGUCCGCAUAGAGAAGUACUUCUUCCGCAGUGGAAACAUUGAGCACCCCGGGGACAAACUCUUCAACACUACAGUCGAGGUCCUUCCUUUUGAUAAUAUCCAGUCUGAUAAGGAAACCUUGAAGGAGGGGAGAGAGAAAGCCCCCAAGUACCAGCGUACAGAAGAUGGGUUCAUCCGAAUUGGCACUUUCUUGAAUGGCAUUGCGGAGGGUGAGGUUGAUGCCACCUUUGGACCUUUGGAGGCCAUCCGUCUGUCUGUCCUGACGGACUCGCCCGUCUGGGUUACCCUCAGUGAGAUAUUCAUUAAGAAGGCAGAGUGACCUCCAGCUGCAACAUCUCUGGAAAUCUCUGACCGUUCCAUGGUCGACGGAAGCCUUUGCAGACACAACAUUACUUCUACAGUGCUUUGUAUCUAGCAUGAGCUGAGUCUGCCACCUGCUGGCCAAAAGUUGGUAGAGCAGGGGUGUCUUAACUGUAAUAAGUGAGGACCUGCCUGACUUGUAAACAAAGACAUAACGAAGAAGUGGGACCGAUUUCAAAUAGCUGUAUUUUAUAAACUGUAAUUAUGUGUAUAUAAAUUUAUGUUGAGAAUAAAGGAAACGUGUAAUUACACUGGUGAGAACAGUGGGCUAGCUGGAUAGCCCAGACCAUUUAAAGAAAAUGAGAAUGCUACUUCGGGAUGGAAGACUUGGUUCAAAAUACAGUAAUGUAAUAAUGUAAAGGUUACCCACUGACUUACAAAUUGAAUGCAUCACCUUUCAUUAGAAAUUAGUUUUGUAUUAUUAUUAUUUUAAAUACACAAUAAAAAAAAAUCAAUUUCACAUCAACUCUCUCACAGCCAGAUAAGAGGUAGCAUUAGAUUGUGACAUGGUGACAUUAUUAUUAUUAUUAUUAUUAUUAUUAUUAUUAUUAUUAUUGUAAUUAUUGUAUUAUAUAAGGUCUAUAUAUAAUAGUUACAUAAAGGCACAUUCUUUUUAUGGAUCUGGUUUGUUGUACUUAAGUGAAUAAAUAUACAUUUCUGUUACUGCCGUGUAAAUGUAGUAACUAAGUGUUGAAAACCAGCCCUACAUUUAAAAUAAUAAUAAUAAUUAAAAAAAAAAAAAAAAAAACAAGGAUAAACAUGGUAGGAACAAAUUCAAAAUGCUCUAUUCUAUAACUGUCAGAUCGAAAUAAGGUUAGGAAAACAUACUAUAAAUUAAUAUUUCAUGAUACAUAAGAAAUCCUACUGCUAGCUGAGGUUUGCUGAACUGUAAAUUAUAGCAUGUGGAAAUGAAUGCCCUUCACUCACACAACACUGCCAUUUAACUUUUAACAGAGGGCAUAAACUAUUGGUCAUUUUUGAAUGUGUGGUAUAACAGCUUUAUUUCUGAUCCACCUGCAACAGCUAUGAAAUCCAUCCACUAGUUUCAUUUAUAUUGCUGCUCUUCUCGGAGUAAACCCUGUGGGGUUUUCUUAUUGUGUUUAUACUAUUGUGACAUUUAUAGGUUACACAGGUCGUCAUCAUAUCGCUUAAAAACUUAUUAAAACAGUACAAUCAGUCUCCUAUGAAUGUAAAACUGUAUAAAAGAAUCAAAAGUUUAUAGAGAACUCAGUGUUCUAUUCUAGCAAAUCCUGUCAGAGAACUCAGUGCUGCUUCUGGGAUAUUAGAAGAAACUCAAUUGAAACUGUAUAAACUCACUCACACUCCCAUACAUAGAGUACAGAGAACUCAGCACAUUGUCCAAAUCGUCAAAACGUUAUUGCUCUAUUCAGUUAUAAGAAGUGCUAAUGGGGUUGCAGCUAUUGAAGUAUCUUGGAAGGUGCUGGGACUCCAUUAUUCCUAAUUGUAUACAAAGUAUUUUGAACACUGCUGUGAAGUUCCUUCUUUCCAUUUGGCUUCCAACUGCAGUCCCUGCUUCUUGUAUCUGCAUUCUGGGGUCUCAAUUUGUAUCUCGGGCAUAGCUUGACAAUUCUGCAAUAUUAGCAAAAGCAUGCAGAUUUAAGUGAUCUAAUAUGAGGUGUCUAUUAUUCUUUUUGCAUAAUAUGUAUUUGUUCUCCAAGUGUUUAUAGCAGUUUCCAUUCAUUUCACUAAAGAGAUGAUCUUCCUGACUGUGUUUAUAACUCAGGUACAUGCUCACUAUUAAUUGCCAUUCAGAUUGGUUCCACCUUUUAAUUAUUUCCUACAGCAUGUACAUAUUCCAUAUUCUUGUGUUGGUGUGCAGCAGUAGGGAAGCAUUUUCUAGCUGCACUGUACCUGUGAAGAUUCCUAUCAGCAGAGGUAAGAGAGAGAUUGUAAUGUGUGACCCAUAAAACAUAAGGCAACAUAUGAAGCCAAAACCAUGUGUGAUAACCUUGAUUUAAGCUAGUAGAACAUUUUCUGAAUAUUUUAUUUGAAAAUUUGCCAGCAAAAGUUGACUGAUCUUUGCUAAUGGCUUGUAAGCACACUCACUAAGAUCAUUUUAAUUUACCCAAAAGACUUCACUUUCAAGUUCCUGUUUCAGUGCGUACAGUACCUGCAUUCAUUUAUACAAACAGCUAUAUAUGUGUGACAUUAAUUGAAUUACAAUAGUUUGCUGUUCCUGUGUUCCUCAUUGAGAUCCAUUCUAAACUUGUCACCUUUUAAAGUCAAACUAAAAUAGUCACAAAAAAAACCCAGAAUACUGUAUUUAGGUAUUACCUUUAUGGUGUAUACCACUGAAACUCCUCACAUGAAUCUGUAGUGUUACUAUAAAGUGUGGACCAGCACACAUGGUGAAUCAAAUUAACUAUGCAAGACAGAAUAAACAAAAACAAAGUAAUAUCUGCCAUUGUGUUCUAUUGGAAAAUCACGUGUGUUUUGAUGAUCAGGCACAAGACUGCAAACAGCUGGAGCUUACCCCAGCAAGGCCAGAUCAACUGGAAUUGGGAACAGCCUCUGGAAAUAUGGGGUUUCCUUUAUCGAAAUCCCACAAUCUCAUUAUCUGAGAUGCACUGGAAUGCAUUGCUAUUAUAUUGUGUGUUGUAUUUUGUAUCAUUUAGAUAAAACUAUCUUUCAUGUUAUCUUCUACUUGUGUAUUGUAAUAAAAUAACUGAAAUCACC